AUGGGACCAGCCGACGUUGUCUCAUCACCCGCUUUUCCCGCCCUGGAUCCGAUUGUGGUCGACGAUGAGAUGGAAAAUCCCUAUCAGGAUACCGAUAUGAGCUUUCUGGAUUCUGCGAGGCUACACAUGACCGAUGCUGCCGGCCAGGAGUUCGACGAUCUCUUUGCCCGUUCCCAUUCUUCUCGUACAGUCACCGACUCGGAGUCUGUGUGUCUGUCGCCGUCAGAUCUCUCCGUUAAGCGACACUUUCAGGAGCAAGAUGCGCUGAGACAGCCUAAGAUCGUUGCGUCAGACUCCCCCGCGGAAUCUCCAGAUAAUUCGAGUCCCAGCUCAUCGUCGGAUUCUCCGCGAAAUCAUCUUCGAAACCCAUCCGUGGCCUCGUCCACUUCCGCCAUUCACAACGAUCACAACGCUAUCAUGCCUUUCGGUUAUGCGACGGAGGAGUGGAUCAACUCGGAGCUCGCGUCGGUCAGAGAGCAGACCUCCAUGUUUGCGUUCGACCCUUCCUUGCCGGCCAUGGAGGGUGGGUUUCCCAUCGAGACCGAUCUCGAAUCUAGCAAUAAGGCAAUGGAUGCCGCCUUCGACUUUGAAAGUGCAGCGAGCAGUCCUAGUCCGUUGAAGACCGAUGCGAUUUCUCAGCCCAAGGUUCAGAAGCGGCUGAAAUCCCAGUUACGAAGUACCUCUCACCCUACCUCGCGACAAUCCGCUUCACCACAAUUUCGCCAGCCCACUUCGCCCUUCACCAUGGGUCAAAUGCCCGCUCAACCCAGGUCCACGUCAGGCCAGUGGGGGGGACAGUCACCGUCGUCGCUCCUGGAGGAAAGUUUUGGAGGAAUCAACAUGAAUAGCGCAUCUCCGAUGAAUGGAAACUUUAACUUUUCCCCCAAUGGACUUUCCUUUGGCAUGAACUUUGUGCCUUCGCCUCCUCAAACCGUCGUGAAACCCGAAACCGCCCAACGUCACUUCCUCACCGUCCAUCCCACUUCUCUGAAAUCUCGCGUGGAAACCCAGAUCCCCAUCCGAUUGACCCUCUUUCCAUUGCCAACGGGUGUGAAGAAGGUACGAUUACCGAGCCACACUAUCUCAAAACCCAAGUUUCUGGCACCACCAUCCACCGAACGUUCGGCAGACACCUUGCAGCUACACACGACUCUCGUUUGUACAAGCGCAAUGCAGGAUCAAGUGAAACUGAGAAAGGCAUUUGCAAGGGCAAGGGGGGACACUCGCUACCAUCCGUCAAGCUCCAACCCGAAUGUCACGGAAGAACUGCCGGAAGAUGACAAGCCGUUAGAUGGCGGCGAAGUCAAAAUCUGUGCGGGCUGCAUACAGCGUGAGCGAAAACGUGCCUUUCGGAAGAAGCAAAGAAAACCCGAAGAAGACGAGUUGUUUCAGAAGGAUGAGGACAAGAGAGUCAUCGUUUUCAAUACCAAUGAGAUCAAGGAUUGGACGGAGCCUUCUAAGAACGCUAUGCCAGGCUAUACAGACGCGCCGAUGCCGAGCAUCCCCCCUGGAGCGAUGCAGGUGGAGCUGCCCAUGCGCAUCGCGUGUUAUUGCCGGCAUCAGAACGAGAAACUCGGUUUCCAGGUCAUUUUCACGAUCAAGGACCACAUGGACAAUGUUUUUGCACAAGCAAUUACCAACUCUAUCAUGAUCACCGAUGACCACAAGACUCACGCGCCUCCCGCGCCUCCAGCCCCGGGCCCCUCUCCUUCUCUCCCCGAUGGUACACAGCUACCUGGUGUGGGUGUAUUUCCAUCAGGCCCAGUUGUCGACGCGAAGAAAUCCGCCCCAUCACAGCAGAGACUUCAGUCAUCUUCGCCAACAGAUCUGCAAGGCCUUCAGCAACGUUUCACUUCCCAGUAUCAGUUGUCCUCCGGGGCCUUUGCAGCCGCCGCCGCCACCGCUCACAAUGGAACAAACGGCACUUCAUCCACCUCCCAAACACCCCGCAGUCUCUCCCGCCAGACUUCUCCCAACGACUUUCCAGGACCCAUGAGCAAACGGCGGAAGCACAGCAACUCAGGCCGCCUGCCCACCGAACUGACCAUGACGAAGCUUGAAAAUGGGCAGUCGUCUGCGAGCGGGUCCAGUUCAACAACGCUUGGUACCGAUGUUGCGUUUGCCGCCGCGAGUGGAUUUGCAUCCCCUCUGGAGAGGCCAUUCGUGACGUCGUCUGCCAUGUCGAAUCAAUUCGCCAAUAGCCCGCCGACACCUAAUAGCGGAGACAACAAUCCGUUCUUCAAUCCCACAGCAGCACAAACAAGCUUAGACACUUUCAUUCAGCAGCAGCUGAUGUCGGCUCCGAACUCGGCCCAUCCCAGUCGGCCCAGCACCCCUGGUGUCUCUGCUCGCCAGAAUUUCCAGGACCAGUCGCUCAACCUCUCGAUGGGCCCGAGCACUUCCACCCCUGCCUGGCCUCCUCUGACGAAUGCUGGCAAUCGCCUGCCCUCUGUCAUUCACAAGGUGGUCCCGGCAGAGGGUUCCAUUACCGGAGGAACGGAAGUGACGCUGUUAGGAAGUGGCUUCUACCCCGGAAUGGAGGUCGUUUUCGGUGAUACUCUUGCCACGACCACCACCUUUUGGGGGGAUAAAUGCCUCAAUUGCUUAACCCCACCCGCUCUCCAGCCGGGUCUGGUAGCCGUGGUAUUCAAGCAUGAGCACCCGACUUUUGGUCAAGUCCAGCAGGCUCCGCCGAUGUUGCCCAAACAAAAGCAAUUCUUCCGAUACGUGGACGACAGAGAGCUUCAGAUGUACCGUCUCGCGCUUGGAAUUCUUGGCCAGAAGCUUGGCAAUCAAGCAGAUGCAUUCCAGACGGCCCAGCAGAUCAUGGGUAGCGGCCCUAAGGGUGUUUUCAAUCUGCAAAAGGAUUACUCUGCCGGUUCCAGUGGGCAUCAGCGCCAAGUUCCAGGACUCGAAUCGCACGGUCAACUUGGCGAUCUGGACUCGAAGAUGUUGACCUUCCUCGAAUUCAUUGAUCUCGACGAUAAUCCGAGGCCCCCGAAAUUCAAUUCUCGCUGUGCCACAGGCCAAACCUUGCUUCAUUUCGCCUGUUCUCUCGGCCUGACGCGAUUUGUUGCCGGACUUCUUGCUCGAGGUGCAAACCCCGACGUACAGGAUAACACUGGGAACACCCCCAUGCACUUGGCUGCCUUGCGCGGCCAUGCGCAUAUCGUCAAUCGCCUUCGUUUGGCUGGCGCGAAUGUCAAUGCUCGUAGCAUCAGGGGCUUCAUUCCUGCCGACUUGGCCACUACGCUUUCCGUUCACCAGGCUGCCCUGAUCCCUGCGCGCCAUUACCGGUCUCGGAGCGCCGGGUCAAUCACCUCAUCGCGACGCAGGCAUAGCAGCUCGGCGUCUCUUCAUUCCCUCUGGGAGUCCUCCUCUGCAUCGGGAUCGCUUGAUCCUGCAGUCUACGAUUCCGACGAUGAUGACGAUGAUUCGGAUGCCGAAGUAGAGUUUACUGUAUCCCGGCGCUCGAGCCUUCAUCAAGACAGACCAGGCACGCUGUCCUCGACCGAUGAGGCCGCGGCGGCUCAGGAACCACGGCCCUUCUCCCCUCCAGCAGCCCUGGUGGCUUGGCGAAACCAGCUCCAGGCUCAGAUCAAUCAGUUCCAGCAAAGUGUGGCGAAUGCUUUCCCGAACCUCCCAGCUUUGCCCCCGAUGCCCGCACUGCCUGAUUACCAGGCUCAUCCCGUGAUGCGUCGCAUUACCAAUCUUGUUCCUCACCGACCGACCACACCCUGGGUGUCAAAGGAAGGCUGGUGGGACCUCUUGACGGGCAACCACAACUCUGCGCCCAGCACGACCGAGCUCCCAUCCUACGAAGAGCUCUAUCCUCGCCAGGAAGGUCAAGAUGACGAAGAAGCCACACAAGUCAAGAAGACAACAUUGCUCCGCGCAGCUGCCGAAGCAGCUCUGGAUCAGCAUUUCGAAGCGCAGGCCAGCACAUCUACGGAGGAACUUGCUAAGCAGGAUCAAGAUGAGAUCACAGAUAUCCGGAUUGGCCGCAACCAGAUAUCCCAGGAACAACAGAAGCACCUUCGAGAACAGCAAGCGCGCCGAAUAAAAGGUCUCGCCAGCGAUCGGAACCUGUACUUUAUCUGGCUUCCACUCCUUCUCUUGGUGAUCGGCGCAUGGAUGCGAAGCUAUGUUCCCGGUAUCUGGCAAGGGCUCUCCGACGUCUACGAGUUUGUGAAGACUCGCAACCCGCGGGCCGCUCUAGGCGUUGGCUCUUAG